UUUUUUUCUUUUGAUUUUCGCUGCUGAUUUUCGCAAGCAGAAUCACAAACGUGAUGUGACCAUUUUGUGUUGGGCGAGCGCACGUUUUCGUAUAGAUAUUUUUCGUUAUAAUUUUCCUGUUGUAAAAAGUGAUAAUAUUGUUUCAAAACGCUCAAACAAUAAAAUAUUAAACAAUGGCUUCAAAAUUAACACAAGCGCUGAACAUUUCAUUGGAUGAUUACAUCGCUAAAAAAGAAAUCGUCUCUAGUUUGCGGACGAAAUCCGUCGCGGCACCCGAGGCGAAUUACUUUAAGCGGCCAAUGCGGUCGGACGUAGAUGAUGAUGACAACGACGAUUUGAUCUAUGAGGAUCGCAAUGGAAUGGACAUAGAGCAGUUGGAAACCGUGGAAGAUGAUAUGCCGCCGUUGGUUCGUGUUACGGAUUCUAAAGAAAAGAUUAUGGAAAAGACCGAUGAGCUUGGUGAGAAGCGUCCGACCAACGUAUCCAUCCAGGUGGACAACGAUCACAGGUGUCGAAAAUUCGUUACAGAGGAAAUGAAACGUGGUAUCAGGCACAUGCCGUCACAGCAGUGGCGCCUGCGGCGGGAGAAUCAGGUUUCGAAGAAGCCGACAGGAGUACCGCCGCUGGUGUCGGUAAAGGCCAUUUUCGAUCGAAACACAGAUAGGCUGAUUGCCUCGCUGGGCGAGAAUGCAAAAUUUCAGAAUGACGAUGCCAGAAAUCGUAUGAAUCAUCGGCUUCAGAAUAACAACGGUGGCCGCCAAUGGAAUAACAAUCGCAAUCGGAAUAAGAACUAUUACAACCGGAACCAAGGUCAUCAGAACAGGAAUCAAUGGAACAACAACCGUAAUCAAUAUGGAAAGAAUCCUAAUAUGGCACCGAGCUUCAACCCGAACGUGGAUCGCUUCGAAGUGCGCAAUGGCACACAAAUGGAUAAGAACCAGAUCACAGAUCUGCGCUCAUUUAUCACACCGCCAUCAACCAUGCAAUCACAAGCGGCUGCCGGAUCCUUGAUGCCGGGCGGUUUCUACAAUACGCCGAAUCAAAUGAGUCAGCCGCAGCUGGUCACUUUCGCAGAUAUGUUGAACCAGAUCGGUCGGGUUGCGGACAAUCAGAACCGGGAGAUGUUUGCAAGUGCGAUCCGCAAUGCGAUGUGCAACCAGCAGCCAUCUUCGGCGUCGAUGGUCCCAAUGAUGACACCGGAAAGCGUCUCUCGGAUGAAUCCCGUAGAAUUGAUGCCGUUUGCUGCCCAGACCCUGCUCAAUCACAUCUCCACUGUUCAGCAAAACUUCGGUCCGAAGUAUGAUAUGAAGGUGCAGAAGGAGAUUCAUGCCUUGCAGGGCAAGUCUUUGCUCUAUCGAGCGAACGGAGUGGUCAGUAUGGAUGGCUCAGGUAUAGAGGACGAUAAGGUGAAGCCGGUCACCACGGAUCUGAGCAUGAACAUGCGCUUUAGUUAAGAUGGAUGAUACACACGUAGUUGUAGAUCAGCAUUCUGACCAGUUGAUAAUUUCACGUUUCAAUCGUUUUCAUUUUCAUAACCUCAACAAAUAUUGAUUCAGUUCAAUAGUUCUAAUUCAACGUUCAUAUUCAUGCGUAUUUCUUAGUUUGAAAUAUUUAAGUGGAUUAUUUUUUUAAAUUUAGUGUCGAAAUGUCGCUAAUACAACUUGUGUAGGUUGAACCGACAACCACCAUUGAUGAGUAAAUAAAAAAUUACAUAUUA